UCAGUCCGUUGGUGCAGCGGAAGUGUUGCUCUCGUCUGUCUGGCAGCGGCCGGAAUACGAGAACUCGGUUCAUCCUUGACAUGGCUGCGAACCCUCCCGGGGUGGGCGUCCAGGACAAGAGAGCUGCAAUCCUGGCAGAGCUGGACAAGGAGAAGCGGCGGCUGCUGCAGAGUCAGCCCAUGAACAGUCCUGGAGCCAACACCGCCCUGUCGUCCAGACCCGGUGGGAAAGAGGUUCGAGACAGCGCCGAGCAGCAGCACAUCGCUGCACAGCAGAAGGCUGCGUUGCAACACGCACACGUCCACUCGUCUGGCUUUUUCAUCACCCAGGACUCCUCUUUCGGAAACCUCAUCCUGCCGGUGCUUCCACGCCUCGAACCCGACCUGUGACCCGGGGCGUCCAUAACCGAUGUUUACACGAAGCCUGGCUGUGGUGGACACAACAGGCUUUUUUUUUAAACGACUCAUUUAUUUUAACCAGUUCUGCGUUCGACGGCGACUAGUGAGUGAGGGUGAAGCGAAAGUUUUGCUGGUUGAAGGGCUCAGUCGUUGUGCCGCUGCUCUCCAACCAACUGAAACGGAGUUAAAGAACAAUAUAAGGUUUACACUCACCACCUUAUCUACUAUCAAUAGGGAUCUGUUGUCACGGGAUGCAAAAAACGGCUUUGACCCAGUAGAUUGCGUGUGAUUACUUGUGUGUGCUGUUAUAGUGGGUUUGGCUUGGACCAGUUUUUUUUCGCAGUUGGAUCAGAAUUUUAUAUUCCAACCCAAACACAGCAGUCAGAAACGUGAAGAUAUUGAAGGGAAUCGAAAUAAGGUAUUGCUGUAUGCUGACGACCUUCUUCUUUGCAUGAAUAACCCCAUAGAAUGCAUUCCAUGCCUCAUAAAUCUGCUCUAAAGGUCCAAAAAUAUCUCGAGUCACAAAUGAAACUUGAAUAAGACCAUUCAAUUUUUUUAAAUUAAAUAUCUGGGUCCCAAAACGUUUGUCAAUAAUCUAGAUGAAUACAUCAAUCCCCAAACUGAAAAGAAUAUGGCCACAGAAACUAAGAAUGAAGGUGGAAAUAUUCUCCAGCUUUACUGCAGUAAAUACUAUAAAAAUCUGAAUUCACUUCCAUUGAUCCGACAAUCUUCUUUCCUUUGCCAUGGAUUAAUGCAGUUUAAGUUUUACCCGGGACCCGUUACUCAAAUGACUGAUUUGCAAAAAUAUGUCUGUCAAUCCUCAGGCGUCUGUUAUCAACUUUGUCUCUCCACCACUCAAACCAAACCCUUUUACAGCUGUGUUUGGAGUUGUAACAGCAAGAGUAGAACAGUCAAAAGAGAGCGAUAGCAUUUGGGAGUCUCCAGGGACCUCGUGUCUUCUUAAUGACUUGGAACAAGCCCCUUUCAAAAGAUGGAUACAUAAAGUGCUCUUUAUUUCUGCAAGCACAUAAAAUGAGAAAGACCCUGAAGAGAACACCUCAGAACUUGGUUUGGUCUCUGUUUAUAAAUAAAGUCUUUGAAGGUCUAAAACGCUGACUCUCGAUCGCUGACACAUUGUUGAUUUGAAAACUGAUGGAUGCUUCCCCCGUUUUUUUUUUUUCUUUGCAUGGUCCUGUUGAGGGAGAAGUUUCUGUCAUUGUCUGUGUAUGAUUGUAUUGUAUUGUACUGUUUACAUGCCAUUAUUGUUUGUAUGUUGUCUAUAAAAAUGCUAAAUUUGAGGCCACUAGAGAACUGGAGGGCUGCUCCUUUGUCAGCACCACAGGGACAUGAUGAGAUUUUUUUUGAUAGUAUUUUUAGUUAAAUUACAUUGUGAUUUUAGAUACAUUUAAAAUAAGUAAUGGCCUCAGGCUGGAGAAAGACGAAGUGUUCUUGUGUUUCAUCUCCACAGGGGUUAGUUAUAGUAUUGAAAACGUCUUGCAUUGAAUGCAUGGGUUUUCCCACUGACAGAUGGAGACACAGUAGGCCCAAUCACUGGCACUGGUCAGGGAUGAGGAGGUUGCGGCUGUGCCUACCCUUUGGCAUUUUCCCAUACAUGAUGUGGCCAAGUGUGCAAGCUCUUCACUUCUGCUAUGGAAUGUGUUGGAACACUCUGUGUGGACUUCCAGAGAAAGUGGACACCUUGUGCUCAGUUUACGAGCUGGGGGUUAAAGACAAGGAAGAGGUCUCUUUCUGUGGAAGAGAUUCAUGAGACCCAUGUGGUUAUGGCAGCCUUCCUCCGCAUGGCACAGGCUUUCAUGAAGGACAGCAGAAGGGGUUGUGCACUUGGGCAUGUAACGUGGUUAGUCAGAAGAUGGCGGAAGAUGGCUCAGGUUAACCAAGCAGAAGCGUCCAUCGUUAAGCGGACCUGAUGAAGUAUAGGCAAGGCAUGAAGACACAACUGGCAGGAGAGGAGGAGAAGGGAGCCACCGAGCAGUGGCGGAAGCCAUGGUGGAGCCAGAGGCCUGGUGCAUCCAGCAGCAGCGGUGGCAGCUGGACAGAAGAAGAGUCCCAGUUCAUUCUCAACUAAGGCCCU